AUGAAGGUCCAAGAAUCAGUCUAUAGUAUUGGGUAUCCAAUCUACGGGGCAAGAUUUCUUAACAACAAUGUUCUUUUGGUCACUGGAGGCGGCGGUGAGGGCAACAAUGGCAUACCAAACAAACUGACAGCUCUUCAGGUGAACUUUGAAAAACGGAAAAUUAUCAAACGAUUCCGGGAGCUGACACUUGAUAGCAACGACGAUUCUCCCACAACUUUGGAUGCUGCAAAUAACAUCAUUUUGAUGGGAUGCAAUGAAUCCUCUGCCAAGGUCAAAGCAGGGCAGCCUAACCAUCAUCUUCGCAAAUACAUAUUCGAAAACGAACAUUUGAAGUUUGUGGCCAGCGUCGAUAUGGACCGCUCAAAAAAUGCGGAUGACUAUACCAAACUCACUUACAUGUCUCAGGACGGAUCCGUGGCUGCAAUUGCGUCGUCCAAACUGCCUACUGUGAUCCGAAUCUUGAAUCCAGCAUUGUUGACUGAAACGUACGAAAUUGAGACCGGGAACGACGUGAAAGAUCUACAUUUUAGUCCCGACGGCAAAGUACUCAGCUACAUAACUGCUUCGACGUUGGAGGUUAUUUCGAUCGUCACAGGCCGCUUUAUCGUGCGUAAGACGGAUUUCAACGAGAACUGGACCCUUUCCAAAAUACGGUUCAUAGGCGAAGACACUGUAAUCAUUGCUGCAGCUCUCAAAAAGGGCAGUGGAAUAGUUCUUUGCAAAGUGAGCUUGAAGUCUGGCACAACCUCUGUGUUAAAGACCAAAAUUGUGACCACUAAGAUCAAAGGUGUAACUUCCAUGGACGUGGAUCCAAAAGGUCAAUUAGCUGCCCUUGCUGGUAAUGAUAACUCCGUCUUGAUUGUGAAAUUGAAAACUCUCACGGUCGCAAAAUUCUUCAAACAAGUUCACUCUUUUGCCAUCACAAGGGUCGUAUUUUCGCCAGAUGGGAAAGCCCUGGUCAGUGUUUCGGCCGCCAACACAAUACACGCUAUUCGUGUACCAGACAAUCUUGCUACGUCAACGUCUUUUAUCGAAAAGAUUGUUAAAUUCUUGGCCAACUUUGUUCUUAUUGUCCUAUUUGCGGCUAUUGUGCAAGUUACCUACAAGUACAAGUUACACGAAAAGGGAUACCAGUUUGCCUUGGCCAAGUGGAACGCUAGAAAUGCUUCUUUCAAAAUGAAUGACGAAUUUGUUCAAACAACGCUAGUGGGCGAUGUGGUGAGUGUCCAAACCAAAACCAAAGAGGCCCCCACCCAUCAGAGCUCUGUUACAACACCUACAAGCUCAUUCGUAACUUCUGAGACCGUGACCUUCUCAUCUAUCAGCGAUUCGAUUCAAAGUUCAGGACAUAUCCGACCAUCUGUUGAGAAAGAUUUGAGCUUCUCGACUUUUACUUCGAGUUCGAGUCAAGAUCUGAGCCUUGCCUCUCACAGUUUUGCUGAAACAAAAACUGUAGAAACCACCAGCUCUCAGCCUGCACUUUCUUGGUCUUCAGACGUCCCUGAAAAUUCUAAAGCGGACGAAACUUCAUCGACAGCUGAAUCGGGUGUUGAGGAUCUCAAAACGGAAGAGCUGGAAACUGCUGAUGAGCCGUCAUUGGUCAGUAGUCGCGAAAGUUCUGCUUAUAUCGAGGCUGAGAGCGCAAGCUCGCAAAUUUUUGACGACCAAUGGCCCACUACGAGUGUCGUGAAGGAAUCUGCAGCAAAGAAUAGCCCUUCAAGUCUUCCUAAUAGUAGCAGUGAUGAAGAGACACCUGGUCUUCAAAUGACAACCGCAUCCGCAGAAGACAGCGAUGCCUUUUCUUCGCCUAAGAAGAACAGCAACUCUGCCAUUUCAACUAGUUCUGAUAUGACUGCAUCCAAUGAGAAAGUUUCUAAAAUCUCGGAGGCUAGUGUAGUAUCACAAUCAUCGUCGCUUCCCAGCAAAAAAUCGAGCCAAUUAUCCUCUGCAGUGGGUUUGUCAGGGUCUGACAGCAAAAAUAUUGAUAUCUCACACUCUGCCAUACAACCCGAGGCGAUUACGACGAAAAUUGUCCGUAGCCCAUCUGGCGCAGAUGUCACAACCAGCAAAAUCAUCAUGGAGCUAAAUUCCUCCACCACUACGCAAAAGACAGCUAUGUCAAACUCGGGAAGCGAGGUGCUCGAGAAUUUCAAGUCUUCCUCUGCCAAAGAUUCAUCAACACUGCUCUCGACUCCUGCCACGAUCACACAAACGGCAGCAUCUUCAGUUCACGUAGAUGCAGAGUCGACGGCGCAGAACGUGAAAAGCGAAGUAAAGCCCCCAAAGGCCGGUAGUUUGACAUCUAAGAAAGGACAGAGAACGGAAGACCUCGAGGAAAUUGAGGAGGUAUAUAUUGAGAGCGCCGAGAGAAUGCCGCUAGCCACAUCUCAGGCUGAUUCGAAAGUUACUCAGGAUCCAAAGCCAAUCUCUUCAGAGAGCAUUUCAAUCUCGACUCGACAGAGUUCUGGAAAUCUCGUUAGUGACAGCUCAACUACCACCACAAGCCCAACGAAUUUGGCUUUGACGUCUUCAUGGGAACAUAAGCAAGCAUCUGCUGCUCAUGGACAUAUUUCAAGUGCAGUUCCCGGUGACUUUGAACAGAAUUAUACUCCGGACGUCUCCGGUUCAGCAGAUGAUGAAAGCUUCAAUGAAGAUGUCACUCCAGAUGCUAUUUCUACCUAUGUCGACGAACCUGCACCAGUUGAGGAGGUGAAUCCUUUACCUGAGGCCACUGCGGAAGCUGAUAAUGAACAUAAAGAGCCCGCUGUUGGCGAGCAACCUUCAGAUCUUGCAACUGACGGAACAGACACUGAUGCAGCAAAAUUGAAGAAAGAAAAGUUACCAGCACACGAUGAGCUUUGA